UCUCCAAAAGUAUCUGAUUGAGUCGUCGAGCCUUACAAUUCUGUCUUAGCUAUGAAUCUUCUGAUUGAAUAUGCAGAUGGAGUCUCAGCCUAUGAUAACGAAGCAAUAUACGAAAUUUGCCUAAAUUUCUUGAAGCUAAAAUCUCCACAUUACUGAGACAUCAACCACCUUAUAUCAUCUUCUAUGUGUGAAGUGACUGCUUCGUUUCGAUUUGAUGGAAAACUAAAUACACAUUUAAGAAAACAAAUUUUCGAUCCCAGAAAUAUGAUGUGAGCUGUUGAUCCUAGCUGUGGAAAAUACUUCACAGUGUUUACAAUGUUGAGGAGUCAGAAUUCUCUCAGAGAUGUUCAUUACGAACUUGAACGAAUGAAGUCUAAAAUACCGCCUAAUUUUAAUCAAUGUAGCAUCAAAUCUGAAUGAUUAAAUAUUCCUGCGAAAAAUGUUAAACUUUCAGGAGCAGUGAUUACUAACUCUACUUCAAAUCAGGAAAUUUUCUGCAGAAUUGGAGCCCAAUUCGAUAUGAUGUUCAAGAGAAAAGCAUUUCUUUAUUCUGGGAUUUUUGGGAAAUCAGCUUUUGGAAUGGACGGAAUGGAUGAAUUGGAGUUUGUAGAAGCAAGAUCAAACCUUGCAGAUCUCAUUUCAGAUUACCAACAAUAUCAAGAGACUGAGACAAAUCAUGAAGAAGACUACUCCGAUUCAGAAUCUUUAAACAAAGAAGAAAUGCAAGAAACUUAAUACCCC